GUCCAGAAGAUGCCCGGGAAGUGUACCAAAUUAGGCGGACGUAUACCUGCCUGUCAAUCCCAAGAUUUCAUCACAAUUGACUACAACUCCUAUGUCGGCGGUAUUCUGGACGAGGUCGCUUUUUGUGGAAUCAUUGGAUUCACAGAAUUUACAAAUAAUAUCCUUUGGUUGAAGAAAAUACUCGAACACCAGAAC